AUGCCGGCUAUCACUCGAAGAGGAAGGGCGUCCAAAGUUGUGAAGAAUGUGGCUCCGGCAGCAAGACGACAAAACCCUGCCCAGGAUCGCCACACAUCCCGCAAGCCAUUUGCAUCAACACGCGGACAGCGAGGCAGAGCUCGCGGCCGCGGUAGCCACAGGCCAACUCCCGCUCGAAACGUCGAAAGCGUAGACAAACAAGUGAAUGCCUCCGAACAACAGAUCAUCGCCUCUGCUCAUCCCGAUCCAAAGGAUGCCCCUGGCACGCCAAAAGUGACGCGAGUGUACACUGAAUUGUUUGAAUCGAAGCCGACGUCUCUCAGUUUUGUUUCUCAGGGCAAUCUACCCACGUCGCCGGAUGUGGAAACUAUGACAUUGAACUUGAUGGACUUUUGUCUACUGGAGGACAACUGGAAUCCUGCGCUGAGCCACAACAAACUUGCUGCGAGCUGCUUCUACUUUGCAUCGAAGAUUGUUGAAUCUGGCGGGGGGAUCAAGAUUACACCAGAAGACGUUGCAAGGGCCUUUGAGCAGGAAGCAGAGAUGAGUGCAAGUGCGUGGAUGAUGUGGAUGGCCAAGUCAGGAAGCGGAGCAAGUCAACAGUAUGGCCCAGCGCAGAAUGACGAUGCAGAGCUGAGGGAGAGAGCGAAAGUGGCUUGUCAAGUCUCCGCAGAUGAUGUUGAGACGGGAUCAGCAAUCCUUUUGGACAUGAGAGAUAGACUUGGAGAAUCAGUGGGAGAAUAUCGAGAUGCACUGAUGGGUCUGUCUCUUUCGAAGACAGCAGAGCAUGAGCAAGAGCCGGAGACAAGCGUAGCUGUGUCGGGCGAAGCUGUCAAGACAAGUGAGCAAGAUCUCGUGGAUGAUUCACUGUUCAAUCAAAUAUCUUGGGAGAGCAAAGACGACCAGGAAGCUAGUGAGUUGCUCGAAGCAGGAAUGAAAGGGCCGGAAUUGGUCGAGCUUGAUGACUUCGAAGCUUCGGUUGAAGACUUUGCUUCGUAG